AGGCAACAAUGUCCGACAGCUGUGACAACGGCAUGUGCUUACGCUGUUGCAGGACGUCCGUCUUGUUCGUGUCCAUCUCGUUCAUCGUCCUCAUGAUGAUUUCCUUGGCGUGGCUGGUCUUCUACUACGUGCAGCGUUUCCGCUACAUCCAUGCCAAAGACCGACUGUCGAGGCGAUUGUGCAGUGCAGCUAGAAAAGCCCUAUCCAAAAUACCUACGAAAGUCAUAAAGACUGAAGAUAAAGAAAUGCAGGGUGAUUAUGAAUGCUGCGCCGUGUGCAUAGAGCCUUACAAAGUAUCAGAUGUUUUAAGAAUUUUACCUUGCAGACAUGAAUUCCAUAAAUCCUGUAUAGAUCCCUGGCUUCUAGAACAUAGAACGUGUCCUAUGUGCAAAAUGGAUAUCUUGAAGCACUAUGGAUUUGUUUUCACUGGGAGCCAGGAGAGUAUUUUACAUGUGGAAAUUGAAGAAGUGGUGGGACUGAGCCCAACAGCAAGUCCAGAACCAGAGACUUCUCAGCAGAACAAUCUAAGUCCUCAACGAAGCCAUACUCCUCAUACGAGGAGUCAUACCUCCGACCAGCAGUUGUAUUAUUUCGUCAUAUUUCAUCGUGCCUUGCAGCCUCCUAACGGAUCGUCUGUUGAUCAGCAGAAUCAGAGAAGUCGCUCUUCUUCACUUGAAGAUCUGAGACCUACCCCCUCAUCAGGUCUUGGCACAGUACAAAUUGUGCAUUCCUCCUCUCGACAUGAAGGCUGUACAUCCAACGUCACCUUAGAAUCAACACCACUUCCUUUAGUGUGCAGUAGUUGUGGUUCAGAUAUUGUGGCAAAGUGUGAUGCUGUAUGUAAUACAUCACCCUUUCCUAAAGAAGAGUCUACAAAUAAUGGUGUUGAACACACUGCAUCUCAAGAUUGUGACACCAGUAACAACAGAGAAGUAGGCAAUAAUGUGCUUACUAGUGAUAGUUGUGAUAGUAACUGUCAAACUACAUCUACCAAACAUGCAAAUUGUGACAACUUGCCGAGCAAUUGAAAAAUAGUACAUGUGCUGCACCCUUCUUACUUCGUGUCAAAGUUUCAUGUAGUGGAUGCGUCAUGAUUUAAUGCAGUUCCAUAUUCUGUCUAAUUUUGUUACUUAUUGGACAAACCUAUUUAUUAAUAGUAAUAAUAUGGAAGGCUUGAAAUCAACUGACAUGUAGAACACUUGUUAACAUUUAUUGAAGAUCACAAUGCUUUCUACAGUGUAACGAUGUUAGCAAGUUCCUUGAGUAAGUUUGGAUGCUCAGCUCAUUACACCAAAGAUUUCAGAUUCACAGUGCAUUAAUAAAGUGUUAUUGUUUACUGAAGAUAUGUCAUCUUUUGAAGCCUUCAUUUGCAUCUACAUGGACAUACUAGAUGUAAAUGUUAGUUUUCAGGAGUGAUUUCAGUUAUUCUUGGGCUUACGAUAUGUGAAAGUGUAUUUGAAACAUGUGAAGGUGUGUGCGAUUCAAUUUAGUCUUCUGAAAUGACUGUGAUAUGAGAAAUGUGUGCCAGAUUAAAGUUGAACUGUAUGUAGAAUAACUGAAAUAAGAGAAGCUGAUGAUUUUUGACAAACUUUAUCUUGUUACAUAUUUUCAGAUCUAAUACUUAUUAUAUUCUGCACUAGAAAGUGAUCUGUAAAGGCUUUAUUGUAGAAUUGGUAGAUGAUAAAAACAUUGCUACAUACAAAGAAAAGUGUAAAAAAAAGAAUAAGAAUUUUCUUUAUGCUUUGAAAAAAGACCAUAUGAUAUGAGUUUCUAUGAAAAUUGGAGAAAACCACAACAGCCUAGCUUUGACCCAUUUUCAUACAUUUCUCUCCUGAUGAUUGUUCAAUUCUAUUUUCCCUUGUUUCAUUUUCCUUCAAUAAAGUUUAAUACCUAAUUUAUUGGAAAACCCUACUGUAAAAAAACUGCAAAGUCAUGCAAACCUGGAAUAUAUCUUCAAAAAUAGCUUAAGCAAGUGCAUUAAAAUUCCUCCAACCUGCAUGUAUUCAGUAUUCUUAAAUGUAACAUAUAUGUUGCUACCUAACAAGUACAGUAUAUACUAUUGCAAUCAAUGAAAGAUACCUAAAAUUCAUUUUUCCAUUAUGAACAUCAAUAUCAUAUUAUUCAUUGUUCUUAGUCUGUUCAAUAAAAUUACAUAUUGUAGCUCAGAUAAUGAUGGUUGAGAAGUAGAUUUGUGAGAGAAGUGGAAGGCUGUGUAAGACUUGCAAGAAGUAUCUUGCAAUUUAAAGAAUGAAUCUUAUUUAAUUAUAUUUUGUACCUAUAAUUUUAUUCUCUUUUGUUUUUCUAUUAACCCUUUAAAGCCUAUUGGUACACUUUUGAACCACUCACAUACUCGUUUGUUUUGUUUCGCAAGGUCUUGUUUGUGUAAUGUUUUUCUUUGUUACCUUUCUAAAACCUAGAAACAUCAUUUUUGUUUGUUGCAUUAAUAGCACAGGUUCCAGAAAGUGCAUUACAUGUAAAACCAUUACAUUUCAGGAGAAGUACAAAAAGUACAAUAUUUUCCUUUUCACUAACAAUUUAAAAUAAUAUAUAAAACAUCAUAAUAAAAUUUACAAUAUGUUAGAAACUCACUGAUGACAAAGUGUGAGGGUAACCACCAUGUUUACCAGCAAAAAUUUCAUAAAUUACUUAAUUUCUGAAAUUUCUGAACCUUUUCAAACUAAAGUAUUUGAAAUAAUUAAAAAAACACCAAGGUGGGGAUGGAGGCCCAGAUGGAAGUGGAGGUGGUAGUGGAGUCGGAGACUGAAAUAGAGACAGAGUGGGAGUCAGGAGUGGAAAGAGAGAGGAUGAUGGAGUGGAAAUGAGGUGAAGGCAGACUAGUGGAAACAAGACGGAGAAGGAAAUGGGGGUGGAAACAAGAUAGAGGGAGUGAGGGUUGACAUGAGAUGGAGAGAGAGGCAGGAUGAUUUCCCCCACCCCCCAUUUCUGUAUUAUUAUUGUCUAAUAGUUCUGCCUACUUGACAGAUAUUGGUUGACAGGAGAGAGGGGAUUCUGAAUUCUGAUGAUGUCCCUGCAGAGUUUCCGGUUCUUAUUAAGAAAAAAGUAUGACUAAGAGUGAGAUUCAAUUGUAAAUUGAAGAGUGCCAUUACUUCUUUAGUUAUGCAGCGUGUGUGUGGUUCUGUGUCAUCUAUUGUUGUGUGCUCUACUUGCGAGUUGUUUCUUACCACCUCUGCUACUGUUUUGGUUGGAUGUAAGAACGACCAGAAAUGACCAUAUGACUGCCACUCAAGGAAGUGGCGACAUUGUUUUACCCCGCCCCAGCUAUCAGUACACAGAAAUAUUAUUUUUGAAUAACAUUUUAAGUUUUACCAAUUUGUAGUAGAAAAGCUUAGUGGUAUAUUAAUGUCAGAGGCAAUUACUCUUAUGAUUUGAAACAAUAUAUAACAAAUAAAUACAAAUUUCACAAUCUGAGGCCUUACGCGAAAUGACUCAAAGUGAAAUAAAUCUAUUUAGCAAUUAUCAAUAAUUCUGGCUUUAAAGGGUUAAAAAAAGUCCUUAUUGUUCCCUUAAUACAUAUCUGAAAGAGUAUUGGCCAUCUUCGGUUAUUUGCAGAGUUGUUAAUGAUGAUAUUGCAGUACAAGAGUUUCAAUUUUUUUACGAUCUUGUGAGAAAAAAUAUCUUUUUUAACUGUAUGUUUUGUACAUUCCUAUAAAAUCUCACAAAUGGCAAAAUGUUUUCUUUUCUGAAAUUAUAUGAAUAUGUGUGGGAAAUAUAAGAUUUCCAGAUUGUUAUUUUAAACAAUACAGUCAUUUUUCAUGAACAUUUAAAUUACAUGAAAAUACUUUCUCACUGCCAUAUAUUUAUUUUGUUGUUUGUUUUUUUUCUUUUCUGAAUUUAUAAGUUUUCUUUCAAAAUUUAUUAGUGGUAGUUUCUCAAAAAGAAAAAAAGAACAUGAAGUGGAAUGUGUUCAAAAUCCUUGUGGAAAUCUUUAUAUUGUUUUUAGAUAUCUUAUUUUUUAUUUUACUAUUUGGAAGAUUUAAUGGUAUGAUUUUCCUUAUGUACUUAAAAUGUUAAAAAUUUUGUUUUUGUUUUCUUCCACCGAUGUUAGAUAUGUGAGAAAUAUAAGGCUUGGAUAAGUCAAAUGAGUGGGCAUCUAUAUAAUUUGAAGUGUGGAUCCUUGUUUGAACGGUACAGAGAUUGGAUCAUGUCUUUAUUUUUAUGUUUUGAUUGUGAAUGCAUAUGUCAGUUUAUAAAAUGUCCACAGAAUUGACAGCAAUAUAAUUGCAUCAUUGUUUGAAUUAGCUUAUGUUGUCAAAGUAAUGCUGGAGUAAUUCAGUACUUCAUUUCAUUUUAUAAGAAUAUUUAAGACAGAAAUUAUUCAAUUUUUUUAAAUACGUCUCUUCAAAGAAGCAUUUUUUCAAUUUCUUUUUGUAAUAAAAUGGCAAAUACUUUUUGUCUUCCAUUAAAAUUCAAGUAUCUAAAUGUAUGUUUUGUAAACAGAUAAACAUUUUUUAAUACUUUGAAACAGUGUUUUGCAUUUGGAUGUAAUGUGUAAAAAUUGUGUCAUUGAAACUGCAAAUAAAUUCCUUUAGGGUCACACUUCUAAUAACAUACCUACUUACUUCUUAUUAACUGAAAUUGUGAUGCAUACAAACUUAGACAAUAAAAUAUAUCAAUAUUGACUCACUGAUGUAAAUUAUUUUGAG